CGGAUGUGCCUGACUUGAAUCUGACCGCUAUUAUUUUUGCGACCAUUGAAAAAAUCAAAUCUUCAUAACUUGGUUUCUUAUUUCGAGAAAUAUUGUUGCCAUAUUCAAAAAGAAGCAGCACACAAUUAUUAAUCCAACGGUGUCAACAAUAAAAUGUCGAGAAGACGGCACAGUGACGGAGAUGAUGGAGGCCAGUCUCACAAAAGAAGGAGAACGUCAGAGCCCAUUGAGAUUGAGGAUCGCCUGGAAUCACUGAUAUGUCGAGUGGGAGAAAAGAGUACCUCUUCCCUGGAAAGCAAUUUGGAAGGUCUUGCAGGUGUCUUGGAAGCCGACCUCCCCAAUUACAAAAACAAAAUCCUCCGCAUUUUGUGUGCUGUGGCUCGACUUCUACCUGAGAAGCUGACCGUGUACACAACAUUAGUGGGCCUUCUCAAUGCCAGGAACUACAACUUUGGCGGGGAGUUUGUGGAGGCCAUGAUUCGACAACUCAAAGAGACCUUGAAGGCCAACCUGUACACCGAAGCGCUUUAYCUAGUGCGCUUCCUCUGUGACCUGGUGAACUGCCACGUGAUUGCUGCCCCCUCCAUGGUGGCCAUGUUUGAGAACUUUGUUAGUGUCACUCAGGAGGAAGAUGUGCCACAGGUGCGCUCGGACUGGUUUGUCUAUGUUGUACUCUCCAGUCUCCCCUGGGUUGGGAAGGAACUCUAUGAGAAGAAGGACGUGGAGAUGGACAGGCUCCUAAACCAGAUUGAUGGUUACCUCAAGAGGCGACUGAAGACUCAUGUCUCCAUGCUUCAGGUUUGGACAGCAGAGAAGCCACACCCACAAGAGGAGUACCUGGACUGCCUGUGGGCUCAGAUCCAGAAGCUGAAGAAGGACCGCUGGCAGGAGCGCCACAUCCUGCGGCCGUACAUCGCCUUUGACAGCGUGCUGUGUGAGGCCCUGCAGCACAACCUGCCACCCUUCACCCCGCCUGCCCACAUGCCCGACUGCCAGUACCCCAUGCCCCGCGUCAUCUUCCGCAUGUUCGACUACACCGAUGCCCCCGAGGGUCCCGUCAUGCCAGGCAGCCACUCUGUGGAGAGGUUUGUGAUUGAGGAUAACCUUCACAACAUCAUCAAGUCCCACUGGAAAGAGAGGAAGACCUGUGCUGCGCAGUUGCUCAGCUAUCCAGGGAAAAACAAGAUCCCACUCAACUAUCACAUUGUGGAGGUGAUCUUUGGAGAGCUCUUCCAGCUGCCUUGUCCCCCCCACAUCGACGUCAUGUACACUACACUGCUCAUCGAGCUCUGCAAGCUGCAGCCAGGCUCCCUGCCUCAAGUUUUGGCCCAAGCCACAGAGAUGAUGUACAUGAGACUGGACACUAUGAACACUACUUGCAUAGACCGACUCCUCAACUGGUUCUCCCACCAUUUGAGUAACUUUCAGUUCCGAUGGAGCUGGGACGACUGGACGGACUGUUUAGCGCUGGAUGCAGACAAGCCCAAGCCCAAGUUUGUCAAGGAGGUACUGGAGAAAUGCAUGAGGCUCUCCUAUCAUCAGCGGAUAGUGGACAUUGUCCCGCCCACUUUCACAGCCCUCAUCCCAGCCGACCCCAUCUUCUUUUACAAAUACCAAGAUGAGGCCAACAGUGCACUGCCAGGCUAUGCCGUGGCCAUAACGGUGGGCAACGCCAUCAAGAACCGGGCCUCCAACGAGGAGAUCCUCACCGUGCUCAAAGACGUGCCAAACCCCAACCAGGAAGAUGACGACGAUGAGGGUGAGGGSUUCAACCCCCUAAAGAUAGAGGUGUUCCUGCAGACCCUCCUCCAUCUGGCUGCCAAGUCCUUCAGCCACUCCUUCAGUGCCCUGGCCAAGUUCCAUGAGAUUCUGAAGGUCCUGACGGACUGUGACGAGGGCAAGCUACACAUCCUCCGGGUGGUCUACGAGGUCUGGAGGAACCACCCACAAAUGAUCUCUGUGCUGGUGGACAAGUUGAUCCGUACACAGAUUGUGGACUGUGCAGCUGUAGCCAACUGGCUCUUCUCCCCAAGCAUGGCUCAUGAAUUUACCAGGUUUUACGUGUGGGAGAUUCUGCACUCCACCAUCCGUAAGAUGAACAAACACGUCCAGAAGAUUCAGAAAGAGCUGGAGGAGGCCAAGGAUAAGCUGGAGAGGCAACAGCAUAAGAAGCAGAAGGACAGUGGCGAUGAGGAGGACAUGGAGAAGAACAGUGAGGAUGAGGACGGUCAGCUGGAGGAGCAGAUCGAGCGUCUGCAGGAGAAGGUGGAGUCGGCCCAGAGUGAGCAGAAGAACCUCUUCCUGGUCAUCUUCCAGCGCUUCAUCAUGAUGCUGACGGAGCACCUGGUGCGCUGCGAGACAGGCAGUGUGGACUUCAGCACGCCCUGGUACAAGAACUGCAUCGAGAGGCUGCAGCAGAUCUUCCUCAUGCAUCAUGUGACCAUCCAGCAGUACAUGGGGACCCUGGAGAACCUGCUGUUCACUGCCGAGCUUGACCACCACAUCCUAGCUGUUUACCAGCAGUUCUGUGCCCUGCAGCUCUGAGACCCUGCACACACACCAUUACUUUACAUAUGCCAUACUCUCUAUAUAUAUAUAUACACACACACACACACACACACACACACACACACACACACUUGCAUCAAGAUGUCCUCAUUACUUUUUUACAUUUUUACUUUGUGUGAGUGCCAUUGACGGUAUUAACUAUAAAAGACCAUAUUUGAAGGAGGAUUUGUUUAUUUGGUGAAGUAGUACAUUUGACAGAUGUUAGAAUCUGUCUCUCGGGUCUUAUGCCAUUUCUUUGUGUAUUGUUUUUUUCCCCCCCCUUCAUUUUGCUGUUCAUUUUUACCACGUUACUCGUAGCCCUAUUAAGGUGGCUCUUUUUUAAAAAAAAACUGAGGUUGCAACUAGGCAAAAGACGGAGGGUGGCUUUCAGUUUUGCUCAGGCGAGCCUGAAUCCAGAGUGCUCUACUUUUUUUAUAUGUAUUUUAUGUGAAUUGAAAUUGGGGAAAUUAUUCAAACUCCUGUAGAGUCUUGUCUGUAUGGUGUCUCUACUGAGGGGGGUGCAGUUCUGUUGGUCACUGUGUAACACUUUGGAACAGUGAUGAAAUAAAUAGACUGAAACAG